GGUGAACAUCUGUGUCAGGCCGUGGCAAAGCUACUUGUAAAACACUGAUCGCGCUUCGUGUCAAGAGACCGGCAUCCAUCAGUGUGAUGACUCUUUAUCAAAGCCUUUUUUAUUGGAAGUAUUCCGCCACACACUUCGCAGAUCUCUUCACCAUACUUUUAUUUCAUCUUUUCAGCCUGCCACACAGUCCACAACCAUCUUUCCUUUCUUUUUCGUUCACUCUUUCAGCGCAAGCGGCAGCAUUCGUCUAUUCGCGACACCACAACAGCACAUUUUCCUACCUUUCAUUCGUCAUCCUUUCUCCUCAUCGCCCUUCGCCCGUAGUUCGCCAUCCAUAUACGCCUUCACGCUAGAUACCAUACGCCUAUAGAAAAGUGAUCAUGGCAUGGGCAUAAGAGGCUUUUACAGUACUCUGAAGAAGCGCGGUUUGGAUCCAGAUGCCGCGGAUCCUCAAAAUUACCAGAACCAAGCUGUUGGGGUUGACCUCUUCGGUGUGUUUUAUGGAUUCCCCGUUCGCCAGAUCACGGAUGAUUACGACCCAAGCAAGGUCUGAACUGUCGGUCUCACGAUGGCAGUGCGUUUGGCGGAGGACUUUACCCCUGCGCAAUGUACGAUUCACAUCGAUGGCGCCCCAUCCCAGCAGAAGCGGAACGAGCACACCAGGUGAAAGAACAGACUGACAGCGGACCUCGAGAAGUUACAGGCGAAUUUGAAAGUCAUGAGCACGAAGU